AAUAAAUUAGUACUUUCAAGAUAUAUCAAAAAAAUGUCUUCCAUUAACACUGGAUAUUGCCAGAUUAUGUCGCCAGUAGGACACAGUACUGGUGAUUGCGAGUUUAAAUUAACAGACACCAAAACAGAUAGAGAACUGGCACAUAUUAUAGCCACUGAGGUCGUGGGUGAUAUCGUUGAUAAUGCUAUGGACAUCAUACAGAAAAAAUCCACUGGAAAAAUUGGCGACAUAAUCACAGACUCAAACGAAUUUGACUCUAUUAUCGAAAGUAUGGAGAAAAUUCAAAUUGUUGACGAAGAAAAGGGAAAGAAAAAAAGACUUGGUGAUCAGUUAGAAAGUACAAAUGAAAUUAUAGCAGAUGAGAGAAAGAUUAGACACCAACCUGUAGAAAAGAAAAGUCGAUUGACUGAUCUGGUUAAAAACUCAAAACAACUUUUAUCCAAGUACAUUUUAAAUGAAAAUAUAAGACAUGAUAAUCCUGAGGAUGAUCACAAGGAAAAAGUAAUCAGGGUGUUCGAAAUGGACAACCAAGAAGAAGAUAACGCUAUCCAAUCAGCAAAUGUGCAAUUAGAAGCCAACCACCUACCAGAAGACGUUCAGGAGGACUUCGAAGACGACAAUCUGGAUGACAUUCAACUAGAGAAGGGAAGCAAUGGAGAUACCCCGGAAAAUAUAAAGAAAACCAUGACUUUCCCGAUAGCCGGCACGUCGAGCACUAAGAGCUUUUGUAACAGAUACAAAACUCUAAAGUUGACUGCAAGCGAAUUAAAGAAGAAAAAGUGGAACAUUGGAUCAAAAUUAAUGAACAUCAUCAAAAAGAACAAAUCGAAGAAAGAAGAUCAAGGUGAAGAGGAAGACAAUGAAGCGAAGGCAGUGCAAUAGAUAUGUCUGGGUUUUCGCAAAUUAUUCGUAAUUAUCAUGUUAUACAAUACUUAUAUUUAUUUGAAUAAAA